AUGCGUGCUAGCGAGUCGGACGGUUCCAUUGGUGUUGGGACCUCGCGACAGAGACAGUCUGCGGAAAGCGACCGCGCUUCUCUUCCAGCUACUCUACAGGGGAUUAGGCAAGCAACCCGCUCUCCAUCCCCUCUGUCAGGGGAGGGCUCUGUUGGUAGCAAACAAACACCGCAGCAGCGGCCCUCUGAACUUCGUCUCAACAAUUUGCUCAAUCUAUCCCCCAGACCUGUCAGGGAGACACAGACGCCUACCUCGCGAUCUCCGUCUCAAUCGAGAGCAGCUUCUCCUCUGCGCCGCCUCGGCCGGGUAUUGCACCGCCACCACACUCGAGAGGAGCCGUUCAUUCCUGUAGAUCCGUUCCGCCUCAGCGCGUUCAACCGGGGCUCCAGAGGAGCCAGUGCACAAAGGAACAAUGACCGCGACGAUGACGAAGAUAGUGACCCGAGCGACCGAUUCUUCGGGUGCCUACCCUUACCAGCGAGCUCUGCAAAGGCUGGUGUAAUUCCAGAGGACUCGGAUAGCAGCUGGUUGACGCUCGCCAAUGACACCCGGAUCUUCCUCUGCGACACUCUUCCCCGCCAGGCAUACCUAAUCCUCCUUCUCGGUCUACCUGCGCUAUACUGGUCGCGCGUCGCUCGGGUAUUCGAAGACGCGGAAAUAAGCAAGCCCGACGUUCGACGUAUGAUUGACGCGUCUCUCUUGAAUGCGUUUGACAUUCCCGCCUUGUAUCACUCUACGUCGCGGACCCGUUCCAUGCCGCACGCGCACACGGUCCUCCUCCCAUUCCCCGACGAUUGGAACCCGGAAACGGUCUCUCCUGCGUUAGUGCGCUUCAAGCACUCGUGGGAGCAGUUCGUGGACUCUCUCCUGCGCGAGUGGAAGACUCUCAAUUUGGUAUCUGCGCUUCUGUGCACGGCAAUCUUGACGAUGUUCCAGGUCAGCGACGCAGACGAUGACCCGCUGACGCGUUCAGCGGCGUUGUUUGGACUAAUCUUCGCUCUGAUGAGCCUUUCCUAUGGAUGCGUUUUCAUCGUGCAGUUUGGAACGAUGCGCACCAUGGACAGAGCAUCCCGCUGGGCAGAGGAAGCGCAAAGGUCGAAGACUUCACUCCUAUGGAACAUCUGGGUCAUGCUUGCGACGCCGGCCAUCUGGCUGGCCUGGUCUAUGAUCGCCUUCUGCGUUUCCAUCCUCUCCUUCGUCUGGAGGACUGGCGCAGCAGCAGAUCAGAACCCUCCUACUCCUUUGACCCGCGCGCAGGCCCUCGGCGUGCGUACAGCCAUCACAGCAGUGUUCGCCCUCGGGCUCCUGUGUUUUGCGAUGAUUAUCCGUACGUUCCGUGCGUAUCACGGCACGCGUGCCCAGCGGCGGAGACUUGAGGACCCGUUACUGGGUGAGCGCGGCCGGGCGCCGGAGAGGGAGAGGAGGGAUGCGAUGGAGGAGCCGAGGGAGCGGGAGAAGGUCGUAUCGCCGUCCUCCGUGGGCCUUGGGCUGGGUCUCACUGGGCUUUCGGACCAUGCGAUGAGCUCGCCCAGGAUGGGAGUGGCGAGUGUGGCCUUGAGGGAAGUUGACUCGGAGAAGGGUGACUACCAAACCCCCGAGCACGGAAGGGGCCGCGGAACACUGUCUCCCAAACUCUGA